AUGACUACUACAGACGGUUUCGGUACCCAGAGGGUAUGCCGGCUGUCCAGCCUGGACGCUUCCAAGGCCGACCUUUAUGGCGGCCCUAGUGUGACCAUCCCUCCCAAGCAUUUAAUGGCUUCCAGCGAUGUUCACAACACAACCACUACACUAAAAAUGGACAAGCAUGAAUUUGAUGUCGAGACUUCGUCUGAGGAAGGAUCUCCACGCGUUGCCUCUCCGGUCUCUGAGCAAUGCUUCACCACCGCCGAUAAUUUCGCCCUGGGCUUCGAUAUCGACGGCGUUCUCAUCAGAGGAGGAGAAGCAAUCCCCGAAGCGGCGGCUGCUCUCAAGUACAUCAAUGGCGAUAACCCAUACGGGAUUCGUGUUCCCUACAUAUUCGUGACCAAUGGCGGCGGCAAAACCGAAGAGGAAAGAUGUUUGGAUCUCAGUCGCCAGUUGGACUUGGAUGUCUCUCCCGGUCAAUUCAUCUGUGGCCACACUCCGAUGCGAGAGAUGGCUGAAAGAUAUGGUACCGUGCUGGUCGUCGGUGGUGAAGGUGAGAAAUGUCGCCUUGUAGCAGAAGGCUAUGGCUUCAAGGAUGUGGUCACCCCGGGAGAUAUCAUCAAGACACGACAUGACACCACGCCGUUCCGCAAGCUUACCGACGAAGAAUACAAGAACUCUCGAGUUAUCGAUUUCGACAAGACUAGAAUCGAGGCAAUCUUCGUAUUCGCCGACAGCCGAGACUGGGCCGGUGAUCAGCAGAUUAUCUUGGAUCUUCUCAUGUCCAAGGACGGACGUCUUGGUACUCGUUCAGAGGUCUUCGACGAGGGACCGCCGGUCUUCUUCUCCCACAAUGAUGUGGUUUGGUCUACCUCUCACGAGCACACUCGCAUCGGCAUGGGAGCUUUGCGAGCUUCUCUCGAAGCCUUAUACAAAGCUGUCACUGGCAAGGAGCUCUCGACAAUCUCUUUCGGCAAGCCGCAGAUGGGUACCUAUCAAUUUGCCACUCGACUCUUGCGGCAAUGGCGAAAAGACAGCCAUGGAAUCAACAAGCCCCCAAGCACAGUGUACUUCAUCGGAGACACCCCAGAGUCCGACGUCCGGGGUACGAAUGAGUUUGACAAGACUACUGACACCAACUGGUUCUCGAUCCUUGUCAAGACUGGCGUCUACCAGGAAGGAACCGUGCCACGUUUCUCGCCUAAGCAUAUCUGUGACAAUGUAUUUGAUGCAGUCAAGUUUGCUAUCGAGAGGGAGAUGUCCAAGGACGGCCAAGAUUCAGUGACUUCCGGGGAUGAUGUCGACUCUGGGAUCGACUCGGAGUCCGCAGCCGUCCGUCAUUGA